GCUCUUCAGUAGCUCAGCUGGACUCUGAUCUCACCAUGUUCAUCAACUGCAAGCUGGUCAUGCUGAUACUUGUGCUGACUCUCAGCAGUCAAGCAUAUGCAGGAAAAAUCUUUGGAGGCCACGUGGUUGUGCCACACAGCCGUCCAUACAUGGCGCUGUUGGAGAGGACCAUGUCAGACGGUAAAACAAAAUACUGUGGAGGAUUUCUUCUGAGCGAGGAUUUUGUGAUGACUGCAGCCCAUUGCCAAGCCAAGUCUUACACAGUCAUAUUAGGAGCUCACAAUAUGAAAAAGAAUGAAAAAAGACAGAAAAUAACUGUGGAACAAACAUUUCCACAUAAAGAUUACGAUGAAAAGAGAUACAUCAAUGACAUCAUGCUUCUUAAGCUGAGCUCCAAAGCAAAUUUCAGUGAGACUGUGAAACCCAUCGCUCUCCCACCCAGCAAUUAUGGCUCCCUUCCAAAAUCAUGUAGCAUCUCAGGCUGGGGAAGAACAAACAGGAGCAAUCAAUAUUUGUCAUCCAUACUCAUGGAAGUCAGUGUGGAACUGAUUAACGAUGAUAAAUGCACUGAAGGAAACAUGUACUGCUCUAAAGGAGAAAAAGGACCGGGGGAGGGAGACUCUGGUGGUCCACUGGUCUGUGAAGACAAUAAGGCCUAUGGGGUUGUGUCCUCCACCUUCAGGCCACAUUCUGGUGGCGUUGAAGUGCAUAGGUACGCUAAGAUUCCUGAUUACAGAGCCUGGAUCGUAUCAACAGUUAAAAAUGCUCUGAUGAAGGACUGAUGCAUGUGACACUUGGAUUUUACUGUUUGCAUUACAGAAAUAAUAAUAAUUUGCUAAUAUCCAGUUCUUCCAUAUUAAUAACGUGGCAGAUCAGAAGUUUUGGCUUGCUUGCUUUAGACAGAAAUGAUCAAAUGACAUUUAACUUUGACGCUUAUAAAUCACACAAACACAAUUUUUUUUUCUAAAUAUGUGAAUUUAAUUUAGCUACUGCAUGAUGUUUCUUUCUUGUACAAAUCCUUUCGUUGCAACUGCAGGGGUUACAAUUCGGCAACUAUUUUUUUAACAAUAAAUUUCAAAUUACUGAAAAUUUUUUAGAAUAAAUCCACAAACAUUUUCUUUGAGGCUGUACUUUCACAUGUGAUGCACAAGUUACAUGUGCUUUAGAAAGUAAGAAGUUGUAAUACCCGCUUACAUUAGACACUGCAUGCAUUUAUGCUUUAAAAUGAAAUGCAUUCAAUAUAUUAUUGCUUUGUGCAUUAUUUUUUGAUUGAAUCUGAUCUGUAUUGUACCUUACUUUUUAAAGAAUAAACUUUGUAUUCUCU